CAAAGCCGCCAGCGCAGGAGGCCGCUCCCCCCCUGAGAGCCCGGCCCCGCCCGCGCCGAGCCAGCCACCUCCCCGCGCCCAGCCGGGAGCGCAGCCCCGCAGUCCCCGGCAGCCCGGAUGGGAGGCGCCGGCGGGGAUGCAGCAGCCGCGGAGCGGGACGGCGGAGCCCAGUAGAGCAGGAGCCGGGAGCCGCCGCCAGGCGCCAGGACCGCGGGAGCCCCCGGGCCGCUCUCCCCGCUGCCGGCCGGGCUUGUCCGGGCGGCGGCGCUGCUGAGUCCCGGCGUUUCACCCCAGCGGCCGCGAGUCCGGAGCCGGGCCGGAGCAGCGAGAGGCCGCGCCCGCCGCGCAGCGACAGGAGCCGGGACCCCGACGGGACCGAGCCCCGCUCCCCCACCGCGCGCCUUCGGGACCGGGGCUCGGCGCAGUUUCCGACCCCACUCCGCACCCAGCAGGAGCCGCGGCCGGAGCCCAGGCAGGAGGCGGCGGGGCCGGGGCGCUGCAGCCCGGGGCAGAGAAGGGGCGAGAUGGCGUCGUACGUGGAUAACAGCUUCCGCCAGGCGGUGAUGAAGAACCCGGCGGAGAGGAGCCCCCAGGAUUUGGAGAUAGUAUAUUCUUAUUUACAUGGAAUGGAAGCCUUGUCUAAUCUGAGGGAACACCAACUCAGGCUGAUGUGUGAAACUGUGAGAUAUGAAAGGCAUGAAGCAAACGAAGUUCUGUAUUACCCUGAUGAUAUUGGCUCCUGUUGGUACAUCCUGCUGUCUGGUUCAGUAUUCAUCAAAGAGUCUAUGUUUCUUCCAAGGAGCAGUUUUGGCAAGCGUUCUGCAGGAAGCUUCAGGCGUGGCUGUGAAUGCAUUGUUUUAGAGCCAUCUGAAAUGAUUGUGGUGGACUAUAUGGAUGAAAAUGAAGAAUAUUUCCAGCGUCAAGCUUCCCAUAGACAAUCCCGAAGGAGAUUUAGGAAAAUCAAUCAAAAAGGAGAAAGACAAACUAUUAUUGAUACUGUGGAUCCUUAUCCUGUGGGGAAGCCACCUUUACCUAGAGGUUAUCAUACGGAAUGCACUAAACCUCAGCUUCCUGCAGAUUUCACAAAACUGCAUCUUACUGACAGUCUCCACCCACAGGUGACCCACGUUACCUCUAGUCACUCAGGAUGUAGCAUCACUAGUGAUUCUGGAAGCAGCAGCCUUUCUGAUAUCUACCAGGCCACAGAAAGUGAGGCUGGUGAUAUGGAUCUGAGUGGGUUACCAGAGACUGCAGUGGAUUCUGAGGAUGAUGAUGAUGAAGAAGACAUUGAGAGGGCGUCAGACCCUCUGAUGAGCAGGGAUAUUGUUAGAGACUGCCUGGAGAAAGACCCAAUAGACAGGACAGAUGAUGACAUUGAACAACUAUUGGAAUUCAUGCAUCAGUUGCCUGCUUUUGCCAACAUGACAAUGUCAGUGAGGAGAGAACUUUGUGCUGUGAUGGUAUUUGCAGUUGUGGAGAGGGCAGGAACUAUAGUACUAAAUGAUGGGGAAGAGCUGGACUCCUGGUCAGUUAUAUUGAAUGGUUCUGUGGAAGUGACAUAUCCCGAUGGAAGAACAGAGAUACUGUGUAUGGGAAACAGUUUUGGUGUUUCCCCUACCAUGGACAAGGAAUACAUGAAAGGAGUGAUGAGAACCAAAGUGGAUGACUGCCAGUUUGUCUGCAUAGCCCAACAAGAUUACUGCCGCAUCCUCAAUCAAGUGGAAAAAAACAUGCAGAAGGUAGAAGAGGAGGGGGAGAUUGUUAUGGUGAAGGAGCACAGGGAGCUUGAUCGCACUGGAACAAGAAAGGGUCACAUUGUCAUCAAGGGAACAUCAGAAAGGUUAACAAUGCAUUUGGUGGAAGAGCACUCAGUGGUGGAUCCAACAUUUAUAGAGGAUUUCCUUUUGACCUACAGGACCUUUCUUUCCAGCCCAAUGGAAGUGGGCAAGAAAUUGUUGGAGUGGUUCAAUGACCCUAGCCUCAGGGAUAAGGUUACACGGGUAGUAUUGUUGUGGGUGAACAAUCACUUCAAUGAUUUUGAAGGAGAUCCUGCUAUGACUCGAUUUCUAGAGGAAUUUGAGAACAAUCUGGAAAGAGAGAAAAUGGGUGGACAUCUGAGGCUAUUAAAUAUUGCAUGUGCUGCUAAAGCUAAACGAAGAUUGAUAACAUUAACAAAGCCAUCUCGAGAAGCCCCUUUGCCUUUUAUCUUGCUGGGAGGGUCAGAAAAGGGAUUUGGAAUCUUUGUUGACAGUGUGGAUUUAGGUAGCAAAGCCACAGAAGCAGGCUUGAAACGUGGUGACCAGAUACUGGAGGUGAAUGGUCAAAACUUUGAAAACAUUCAGCUGUCAAAAGCCAUGGAAAUUCUUAGAAAUAAUACUCAUUUAUCUAUCACUGUGAAAACCAACUUAUUUGUUUUUAAAGAACUUCUAACAAGAUUGUCAGAGGAGAAAAGAAAUGGUGCUCCCCAUCUACCUAAAAUUGGUGAUAUUAAAAAGGCCAGUCGUUACUCCAUCCCAGACCUUGCUGUUGAUGUGGAGCAGGUGAUAGGACUAGAAAAAGUAAAUAAGAAAAGUAAAGCCAACACUGUUGGAGGGAGAAACAAACUAAAGAAGAUACUUGACAAAACUCGAAUCAGUAUCCUGCCUCAGAAACCAUACAAUGACAUUGGAAUUGGCCAGUCGCAGGAUGACAGCAUUGUAGGAUUGAGGCAGACCAAACACAUUCCUCCUGCUUUACCUGUCAGUGGAACCCUGUCAUCCAGUAAUCCAGAUUUAUUGCAGUCACAUCACCGCAUCUUAGAUUUCAAUAGUACUCCAGACUUACCAGACCAAGUUCUGAGGGUUUUCAAGGCAGACCAGCAAAGUCGCUAUAUUAUGAUUAGUAAGGACACAACAGCAAAGGAAGUGGUCAUUCAGGCGAUUAGAGAGUUUGCUGUAACUGCUACUCCCGAUGCAUAUUCUUUGUGUGAAGUCUCUGUCACUCCAGAGGGUGUAAUCAAGCAAAGGAGGCUUCCAGAUCAGCUAUCCAAGCUUGCUGAUAGGAUACAGCUAAGUGGCAGGUAUUAUCUGAAAAACAACAUGGAGACAGAAACAUUGUGUUCAGAUGAAGAUGCUCAGGAGUUACUGCGGGAAAGUCAAAUUUCCCUACUGCAGCUCAGUACUGUUGAGAUGGCUGCUCAGCUCUCCAUGCGAAACUUUGAGCUGUUUCGUAACAUUGAACCUACAGAGUACAUAGACGACCUGUUUAAACUCAAAUCUAAAACCAGUUGUGCUAACUUGAAAAAGUUUGAAGAAGUGAUAAACCAAGAAACAUUUUGGGUAGCAUCUGAGAUUCUAAGAGAAACCAACCAGUUAAAAAGAAUGAAGAUCAUUAAACACUUCAUUAAGAUAGCACUGCACUGCAGGGAAUGCAAGAACUUCAACUCCAUGUUUGCAAUUAUCAGUGGCCUGAAUUUGGCACCGGUUGCAAGGCUCCGCACUACUUGGGAAAAACUUCCAAGCAAAUAUGAGAAGCUGUUUCAAGAUCUUCAAGACUUGUUUGAUCCAUCUAGGAACAUGGCAAAAUAUCGUAAUGUCCUGAACAGCCAAAACCUACAGCCUCCCAUUAUUCCUCUCUUUCCUGUUAUCAAAAAGGACCUUACAUUCCUCCAUGAAGGAAAUGACUCAAAAGUGGAAGGCUUGGUCAAUUUUGAGAAGCUGAGAAUGAUUGCAAAAGAAAUUCGUCAUGUUGGUCGAAUGGCUUCUGUUAACAUGGAUCCUGCUGUAAUGUUCAGGACUAGGAAGAAGAAAUGGAGGAGUUUGGGGUCUCUCAGCCAGGGCAGUACAAAUGCAGCAGUGCUAGAUGUUGCACAAACAGGGGGACACAAAAAGCGGGUACGUCGCAGCUCCUUUCUCAAUGCCAAAAAACUGUAUGAAGAUGCUCAAAUGGCAAGAAAAGUGAAGCAGUACCUCUCUAACUUGGACCUGGAAAUGGAUGAAGAGAGCCUCCAGACACUGUCUCUGCAGUGUGAGCCAGCCACCAACACAUUACCGAAGAAUCCAGGGGACAAACGGUCUGGGAAACAGGAAACGUCACCAGUGGCACCUAGGGCAGGAAUUCAGCAGAAGGUGCAGCAGCAGCAUAAAAUAAACCAAGCAUUGCAGGUCCCUGCUGUGUCCCUCUAUCCCUCUCGCAAGAAAGUACCAGUCAAAGACCUCCCACCAUUUGGCAUUAACUCCCCACAAGCUUUAAAGAAAAUUCUUUCAUUGUCUGAAGAAGGAAGUUUGGACCGUCACAAGAAACAAGCUGAAGACACAAUAUCAAAUGCAUCUUCACAGUUGUCUUCUCCUCCCACAUCACCACAGACCUCUCCAAGGAAAGGUUAUACUUUGGCUCCUAGUGGCACCGUGGAUAACUUUUCAGAUUCUGGUCACAGCGAAAUUUCUUCCAGAUCUAGUAUUGUCAGCAAUUCUUCAUUUGACUCCAUGCCAGUGUCACUGCAUGAUGAGAGGAGACAGAGGCAUUCUGUCAGCAUUGUGGAGACUAAUCUUGGUGUGGGUAGAAUUGAUAGAAGAGCCAUGAUUGAACCAGAUCAAUACAGCUUAGGUUCAUAUGCACCACUGUCAGAGAACAGAGGCCUGUAUGCUGGAGCAACUGUACUUUCUUCUCCCAGUACAGAAGAGCUAUCACAGGAUCAGGGGGAUCGCGCUUCACUUGAUGCUGCAGACAGUGGUCGUGGCAGCUGGACUUCUUGCUCAAGUGGUUCUCAUGACAACAUACAGACAAUACAACACCAGAGAAGCUGGGAGACUCUUCCUUUUGGACAUGUUCAUUUCGAUAGUUCAGGCGAUGGGGCAGGAUUAUGGGCCUCAGGCAGUCAUAUGGACCAGAUGAUGUUCCCCGAUCAUGGCACAAAAUAUGGCAGGCAGAGUCAAGGUAGGGAGGGCCUUGAUCAAGCACAGUCCAGAGCAAGCUGGGCAUCCUCAACAGGCUACUGGGGAGAGGACUCAGAAGGUGAUACAGGUACCAUAAAGCGGCGGGGUGGGAAGGAUGUUUCAAUUGAAGCUGAAACCAGUAGCAUAACAUCUGUAACAGCAGAGGAGUCAAAGCCAGCUCCCAUGUCCUCUCAUAUAACUAUAUCAUCAAGUAGUGCAAAGGGGCUUAUUGCACGAAAAGAAGGUCGAUAUCGAGAACCACCUCCAACUCCCCCUGGUUAUGUAGGAAUACCUAUUGCAGACUUUGCUGAAGGAGUUUCCCAGCCAACUAGAAAACCUCCGGAUUACAACGUAGCACUUCAGAGGUCUAGGAUGGUAGCACGGACAUGUGAGACCCAUGGGACUUCAACUUUGCAGCAGCAAUCACAAGGUCACUCAGCUAGCAGGCCUGUGAACAAACCUCAGUGGCACAAACCAAACGAGUCAGACCCACGUCUAUCUCACUAUCAGACUCAAGGGUUUUCCACAGAGGAGGAUGAAGAUGAACAAGUCUCUGCCGUCUAAGAAUUGGGGCUUUUCUGGAUCCAGAGUGAGCCACCUUAAAGGAGAGCACAAGAAGACGUCCCUAGUAUAGGAGCCUUGGAACUAUAAUUAAAGGAUGGUAGACCUAUUUGCCGCCUUCCCUGCCUUAAAGCAGCAUGGGGCUUCUUCUCCCCCGUUCCUCCCCCCUUUCUCCUUGCAUGUGAAAUACUGUGAAGAAAUCGCCCUGGCACUUUUCAAACUGUGUUGCUUGAAAUGCACAGUGCAGCAAUCUCCCAGCUACCACUGUCGCUGUCUGCCACAUCACACAGUAUCAUUCCAAAUUUCAAGAUCAUCACAUCAAGAUGAUUAACUCUGGCUGCAUUUCCCAAUGCCUGGAAGGGUUUUGAAAUCUUCCUUUUAGAUUUUAAUCACAAUCCUAACACUUCAUCUCAUUGGGAUAAUGAGAUACGCUAGUUGUCAAACGACAUUGAGCCUUUAACGUACAAAGAGAAAAACACAUUGAAAUCCUUCAAGUAUACAAUGCUUGUUUGCUUGUUUACAAUGCAUUUGUUACAGUGCUGUAUGUUGUUGUGUUCAGAAAGCAAAUGUUACACCUGCAUAAUAAUUACAGUAUUAUUUCAUACUUUUUAGUAGGGUUGCCAGCCUGGGCUCCUAAAAACAAAACUGAUAUGGCUGAGCAGGGCAGAAUGGAAGGCAGGAAGAGUUUUAGGAUACAGCCUUUCAUUGACCACCUAGCUCCACUCUUAAAGUGCCCCACCCUGGAGUCUUAAAAAGUUUGUAAAUCAUAGGAUAGUAUUUUGAAAUGGGUCUAGCAUCAAUGCAGAACUAAGUGCUUGCAACUAUCUAAUGGAGGAAAACAGGACAACUUGUAUAGUUUGUACCAUACAAUUUGUAUACCUGUGCCUUGUGGAAUACAGGAUGGCAUAGUUUAAAAAAAAAAAAAAAAAAAAAAAAAAAGUCCUAU